AUGCUUGAGGCGACGCUUUCUCGCGCGCUCGAGGCCACGCUCCGUGUGUGCGCGGUGGUUCGGGAUCAUCGGCAGCUGCAGGAGGCGUUACCAUGGCUCACACCGCGUGUGGCGCGAAUGAGGGCCGUUUUAUGUCAGGCUAUGAGCGAUCAGACCCGCCUGCGCGACCCUGAGGCCAUCGAGGCCCGGCUGCGCACAGAGCUCCUGCCGGCUCUGGAGGAGCUCGAACGCGCCAUACCGAAGCGACGCCGCAAGGAGAGGGCCGCUGCAUGUUUCGCCAGCGGCGCGUGGCAGAGCCGCGUCCUGGCCCUCACGUCACGCGUCACGGACUUGCUUGUGGCCAUCACGGGCAACAACACUCCCGCAGACACCGCGGCAUUGGACCAGGACCAGAACGCCCGCACGCAGCAGCACGCGGCGAUUCAGGUCGACCAGGCGGCGGCGGACCCCGCGCCGUUCGCGUCUGCGGAGUACGAGUGCGGCAUUUGUUUGCGUAGCGUUCGGGACCCGGUGGUGCUGCUGGACAGCGGCCAGACGUACUGCCGGACGUGCAUCGAGGUGUGGGUGUCCAGCAGGGUGGCGGCCGGCCAGGAACCGACGGACCCGCUCACGCGGGUGCGGCUGAAUGUGCCGCUGCAGCACGUCGAGAACUGGGCGCUGGUGAGCAGCGCCGCGAGGGGGGCUGGACCGUCGACGGAGAGGGCGACGCCACAGGGCGCGAUCAGGACAGUGGAGCAGCUGCGCGCGGCGAUCCAUGCCGGGCGCGGGACGGUGAUCGACCUGCAGGGGCACGAAGUGCGCGGGAGUGGCUGGGAUACUGUCGCGGUGACCCGCCCCGGCGUAACCCUGCGCAACGGCAGGCUGACGGGCGUGCAGCUCGUGAUCGAGCCGUCCGCGAGGCGCACGUGUCUGGACAGCCUCUGCGUCAGCGGGUGCACCGGAGACCGCAGCGUUGCCGGUGCUCGGAGCGCAGUCCGUGUCAAGGCCGCGGGCGAGGUCGUGAUUGUGGGGUGCUGCAUCAACGACAACGGGGACCGUGGAUUGUCCGUCGAUGGCGGUGCACAGGUGCCGGUGCCGGUCUGCCAGCCUCGCCGCCAGCAUCGCACAGUUGUUGUGCGCUGA